AUGUUGUGCACGUUUAGGGACAACGCCUCGCGCUCUAGCGAUACGUCUGAGAUCGUCAGGCGUCCAUCGGACGUAGCUCAUUCCACUGGUUGGGAUGUGCUUGAAACAUGUGGGAGGAGAGUCCGGCUGAUCGCUCGAAGACACGAGAGCACACAGCGCAACUCCAACGGGGGGGGUCAUCAUUCCGAUCUACAGGGACAAAAAUUUGUUACCGCCAGUCGAGGCGGGGGCGGUCGAGGCCAGGUUUUACGGGGAACAACCAAUAAUAUACGAUCAGAGUGGGAUGGCGACCCCACAAAGACCGGCGCAUUUUGGAAGCGCGGACACCCCACAUUUAAUGAGUUAGUCCCUCUGCCGAGGGGUGGAAGGCGUUCCCUUCUGGCGCCGGCGGGGAGUAAUUGCUACACACCUUGCCGAUCAGGAAGUUCCUUCUGGCGCCGGCGCGGAGUAUGCUACACACCUAUCUUUGUCUCCGCUUUGUCAGGCAGUUCAUGGGGCUACUCAGCGCAGUCCAUGAGUACCUCAGCCGACGCUGUCGGGCGUGUCGCCCCGUCCGCGGGCGCGUGCCAAUAUGCCCAUAGCAUGCGCGCGGUAUCACGUAAGAUCAUCCCAGAGAUUGGACCGAAGUGCCGCCACCUUAAUAGUUUGUUUGUGAUGCAACCUGGUAGGACUGCUGUGCAGCCGCCCCGCGCCAAUUGUAGGUGA